CCAACAUGGCGGCUCUACGUGUGCCCUGCGGCGCAGCUGCUUCGUACCGGCUCUUUCUUGGGGGUAGGGUUAGCUUUGCUCGGGGACAGGGCCUCUGGAAAGCCGCGGCUGCUAAGCUGCAGAGAAGUCCCGGAUGCCAGAUAUUAAGGUUAAGACACACCACCGUUGUAGCAGCAAGGAAAAAUGUUGCAGCCUUAAGACAUGAAACUUACACAGUGGAUUUUAUUAAAAAGCAGAUUGAAGAAUUCAACAUAGGAAAGAGACACUUAGCCAACAUGAUGGGAGAAGAUCCAGAAACUUUUACCCAAGAGGAUAUUGAUAGAGCGAUUGCUUACCUCUUUCCCAGUGGUUUGUUUGAGAAGCGAGCCCGGCCAAUAAUGAAGCAUCCUGAAGAGAUUUUUCCUAAACAAAGAGCAAUCCAGUGGGGAGAAGACGGCCGCCCAUUUCAUUUUCUCUUUUAUACUGGCAAACAGUCAUAUUAUUCAUUAAUGCAUGAAGCAUACGGAAAGCUACUAGAUGUAGAAAACCGUCAAGACCAGCUGCGAGCCAAAGGUCUGUUUUCAGAAAAAACUAAAGCCAAAGACCCAAUUGGCAGCAGAUGGCUGAUUAAGGAGGAACUGGAAGAAAUGCUAGUGGAAAAACUAUCAGAUCAAGAUUACGCACAGUUCACUCGGCUGCUGGAAAGGUUAUCGGCGUUGCCGUGUGACGCGGCUGAAGAAGAAUUUGUGGGCAGCUUCCGCAGGAGUGUAACCAUUCCACUGAGAAAACAGCUGACUGAGCCUUUGCAGUGUGACGAGAAGGGUAUGGCCUUCAGCACAGGCCAAGGUAACAGAAAGACUGCAAAAGCAAAAGUGGCUGUUUAUGACCACGGAAGUGGGAGGAUAGAAGUAAAUGGGGUCGACUACCUGCUCUACUUUCCAGUGACUCAGGACAGAGAACAGCUGAUGUUCCCUUUCCACUUCCUCGACCGGCUGGGAGAACACGACAUGACCUGCACGGUGUCGGGGGGCGGGCGGGCGGCGCAGGCGGGGGCCAUCCGCUUGGCGACGGCGAGAGCCUUGUGCAGCUUUGUCACCGAGGACGAGGUCGAGUGGAUGCGCCAAGCGGGACUGCUUACUGCCGAUCCCCGUGUCAGAGAGCGGAAGAAGCCGGGCCAGGAGGGAGCCCGCAGGAAGUUCACCUGGAAGAAGCGCUGAGUGUC